AUGGCAGUAGCAUCGGAUGACAUAGGCUUUACAAAGAGCAACAACAGACUUUUCUUUCCUACUUCACACAAUGAAGUCGAUAUGUCGCUGAAAAAGUUUGCUUCUAGCCAAGAUGACCUGGAUCCGACCCAAACAAGUACAGUCUACGCGCCAGAGGCAACGCUGCGUUUCUCAACCUAUCCGGCUAUCCUUGGAGCGAGCAAAAUUGAAGAAAUGGUAAAGGCACGGUUCGCUAGCCUCAGUUUAUUGUCUCACACGCAUCGAUAUUUUGGUGCGCCAUUUCCAAUCCUACCCUAAGUAAGGGAUGAGCCAUGCUGCGGCACUCUUCAAACGUGUCUCGGAUCCGGUCAUUCCGGGAGUUCUGAAAGUUGGUCUGUGAUUUAAUAACGUAUGGUGGCCUAUGGCGCUUGGGAUGGUGUUUGAGAAGAGCAGAGUGUACGAAACUGCGCGGCAAGUAC